UAAAUAAGUUGUUUCAUUUGUUAUCUAUUGGAAGUGUUUGUUUUGUUGAAAUACAUAAGUAGAGCCAGCCUAGGUCAAACAGAGAUGAUGAUGUGCACUGAUUACAUCUGUGUGUUUUAGUCUGACACUUGUUUAUCUUCUUAAGUCUCAGUAAGCUAGUCAUUUCAUAUGUUUAGAGUAUUAGUUUAGUUUUUGUGGUACAGCCACUCUAUAGCCAUUUUGCUACAGCAGUCCUGUAGACUAUGAUGGCCUUAUUUCCAACCAAGAGCUAGAUGAUGAUGUAGAACUCAUGGAUUACGAUAGUGAUCAUGGUAAACAUUCAGAAGAGAAUCCUUUAAUUAGGUCUUCUUAUUCUGAACCUCAGGACAAGAAGUAUGGAGUUUUGUUUAUCUUUGGAUUUCUGGGACUGGCAUCACUUCUGCCAUGGAACUUCUUUAUUACAGCAAAAAAAUACUUUGACUACAAAUUUAGAAAUACAAGUCUGCCUAGCAAUGUAUCAUUUGACGAUGAAGCCCAUAUCACAUCCAUGCAGAAAGAGUUUGAAAGCUACCUUUCCAUAGUAUCUAAUGGAUCAAAUUUGGUCUUUAUGAUUCUAACUGUUCUUCUUGUCAGGGCAAUUGUUGUAAAAUAUAGAGUGUUGGCCUCCACUCUUCUUAUUACAGUCAUUUUCAUAGUGACUUCAACAUUGACUGAAAUCAACACGGACACAUGGCAAGAAAAUUUCUUUGUAUUUACCCUUGUAGCAGCCACCUUGAUGAGUGGUGCACAGUCAGUUUUAACUGGUUCAGUCUUAGGUUUAUCAGCUGUUUUUCCACCAAUCUAUUCACAAAUGACUAUGAUUGGACAGGCUGCAGGAGGAACAUUCUCAGCUCUAUGCAGCAUUCUAACUCAUACCACUGGAGGGGAUCCCGUCACUAGUGGCCUUAUUUUUUUUCUCAUCGCAACAGUUAUCACAGUUCUUUCAUUUGUAGCUUAUAUAGGAUUGCAUUUUCUGAGUUUUUCAAGAUAUUACAUGAUCUCGUUAGCCAACAAUAUUAAUAAAGCCAAUGAUGAUUUACAAGUCACAAGUGGAGAGGUCAUUGAUAAAGUAGCAUAUUUUCGUGUGAUUUUAAAAAAGAGUUGGAUAUAUUGUCUUAGUGUGUGCUUAGUUUUUCUUGUUACUCUUUCAAUCUUUCCUGCUGUUUGCUCAUUAAUCAAACCAAUUAGUAAGCAGAAAUCACAGUGGUCUGACUACUUCACGCCAGUUAUAUGUUUUCUUUUGUUCAAUGUCGGAGACUUUGUUGGAAGGUUGAUAACAUUUAUCUGUAAAUUUCCAGGCAGCCAUCGCCCAGGUCUACUUCUGUUCUUCUGUAUACUUAGAAUUGGUUUCAUCCCAUUGCUUAUGUUGUGUAAUGCCCAGCCCAGAGAACAUCUACAUGUUCUCCUCAACGAUGAUGCUUAUCCCAUAGUUCUUAUAUCACUGCUAGGGUUGACCAAUGGAUAUUUAGGAACCCUGUGUAUGUCGUUUGGACCAUUGACAGCAGAAGAUGAGCAUCUUGAAGGAACUGGCAUCAUGCUAGCCUUGGCUAUGACUGUAGGGUUAGCUGGUGGCUCUGGCCUGUCAUUUUUACUAGUUAACCUUCUCUGAUCCUUUCAUAUUUGUUAUUGUGUUGUUUAUCUUGAUGACCUGUUGUUUAUAGGCGAAGUAAAUAAUUUACGUUGGUAAACUUUUGUUUUACCACAUCUUAUUAUACUUGUGCAAUAAAAACUCUCUGCUACUCUGUAUGAGUAUUUAUGUAAUGUUUACAUCAAUUCUUGGGCAUACUUUCUAGUGUACGCAUCAAACUAUCAGCAGAUUUCUGGAAUUAGGUCUUUUUGUUAUUUCAGAAAUGUUGAUUUAAUGUAGCUAAUGUUGCCAUAUAAUAAAUAAUGUGAUAAUAUAUUGUGGACACAUGUCCAAAAGAAGUUUAUUUAAAAAUGUUAUUUUCCAAUGUAAAGUUGCAUACUUAUUUUAUUUUUGUGAUUUUAAAUGCCAAGGUUAAUAGCUACUCAUUUGUUGUGGACAGGUUCUGUUUAGUUGUUUUAAGUACUGGUAAAUUAUCAGAGCAUGGGAUGGGUUGCCUGAAUCAGCCAGGAAAAUCAACGACUGGCAGAGAUAAAGUCACUGAUUAACAUGCAUGACUAGAUAGACAGGAACACACCUAGGACAUAAUCGUCUUCUCUUUUGAAGUAACAUCUUUAAUCUAUAAGAAAAGAUAAAUAAAUAAGAUUAUUUUUAGCUGCUUGUUCAAUCAUCCCCAAUAACAACACACACACAUCUCCAUACCAGGACAAAAAAGAAAAAAUUAAAUUCCUAUACUGAGCAAUAAUUACUUUGACAUCUAUAAUUAGAAUUUAAACAUUUAAUAAUAUAAAUUGUUUUAACAAACUGUAUUGAUUCUACAGAAUUGUCUAGACAUUAACAGGUUCCAUGUAGAAAUAUCAAUUCAGUCAAUGUUUUAAAGAAUUCUAGAUAAUUUAUGUUUAGUAUGAAGAUAAACAAUAGUAUGGUAAAUAUAAAACACAUUCUACUACAAUUAUUAAUUGACCAAUUUGUAUUUAUUGUACUGCAUCAAAUCAAAUUUUCCUAUAGGCCUAUAUGCUGGCUAUAUUUUCUGUACAUGUUUUCUUUGUAUUAGUCUAUUAGCUCUAGUUAAAACAGGGUUGGACAUUUAUUGUCAAAUGUGUAUGUACAUUGAUUUCUUUUUUCAUUCCUUAUAUAUUCCUUUCAUUCCUAUAUAUAUGUAUAUAUACAGUGCUUUUUUUGUGGCUGUACGUACACAGAGGUACGGCGUACCAGCACCUUUUUCAAUGUUGGUUAAAAUGAUUACUUUUCUUGUAUUUUAAUGCUUAUUAAUUUAUUAUAUUAUUAAUUUGUUAAAAUCUGCGUUUUUUUUUAAUUGCGCACAAUAAUAAUUAAAAUAUAAAUGCAAAACUGCUUAAUAAAGUAAUAAUAAAACAGUCUAAGUUGAUUAAUUAUAAAUUAAAAUUGUUUUAGACAUUUAGCAUCUUUGCAGUUGUGAUGUAGCUUGCAUCGAGGUGCGAACUGGUUGUUAAAAGUUAGGCAAUCCAUCACUGAGUACCAGCACCAUAUAUAUAUAUAUAUAUAUAUAUAUAUAUAUAUAUAUAUAUAUAUAUAUAUAUAUAUAUAUAUAUAUACAGUGCUUUUUUUUGUAAAAUAAAUAAGUGCUGGUACUCAGUGAUGGAUUGCCUAACUUUUAACUACUAAUAAAUUAAUAAUAUACGUUAAAAUACAAGAAAAGUAAUAAUUUUUCCCCCACAUUCAAAAAGGUGAAGGUACUUUGUACUGGUGCGUACCGUCACAAAGUAUAUAUAUAUAUAUAUACACAUUGUAAAAUGUAAGGAAAUCUUGGUCAAAUGAUAUUGAUGUCUUGUAAGUAAAAUUUAACUUAAUUAUGAACAUGUGUACAAAUUCUGAUAAAGAUUUAGAAUGCUAAACAUAUUUGAGAAGUACAAUGACAUGUGUCAUGGCUUAGAUAUUUUGUAAAUUUUCAUGUUGUACUGUCAAAAUGUUGAAAACUUUCUGCUCUUCUAACAAUGAACCAUGGCAUAUACAAACGUCUUUCUGUUUUUAUUUCAUGUGCCACACAUCCUGUACAUUUGAAAAUCUGUAUGAUUGGUUGUUGUUGUUUUUUUAAGACUACGUAUUAAAUAGUUUUAGACAAGACCUGCUUUGAAAAAUUAAUCCUUAACUUUUUUAAGUUUGCAUGCUAGAUACCGGUAUAGCAAUGUUUAUCGAUAAAUAAAGCCCCAGUAUAUACUAUUUUUAAAGCAGGCCUUGUUACUUUCAGAGUAUCGUACUUAUAUUAGUUCAAUAGUUAUGUACAGUAGUUCAUGAAAUGAAUGCAUUUGAAAAUAUUUUUCUUUUUACAUUAUUGUUCUAUCUGGAAAAAAAACAUGAAUUAAAGUUUUUAUAUAAUUA